AUGAAUGAAGAAAAUAACCAAAUAAUUCGCAUUACUUUCGCGGAAACAAUCGAAUGGUUAGAAAAAUUUAUUGAAAAGUCUAAUUAUUUUUCUGACUGGCUGACAAGGAAGCAGAAACAUGAUAAUUCGAUUACGCGGUCGGAUAUUGGUUCCAUGAAUGCUAUCAAAGUUAAAAAAAAUUUUGUAUAUUUUUUAAAUGGUCUAAGAGUAAUGGUCGACAGUUGCCCGCCUGAAUUAAUUCCCUUAUUAUACCACUUUCACGCGGUUCUAGAAGGUCAAGGAAAGGAGUUGAAAAAUCAAGCCGAACAAAAAGCAGAUAGAGUUAUGGAACAAUACCAAAAGAUAGAAGAAACUAAAAACCAGGAAUUUAAUCCCGCUGGUAAUGCCGAACAAGGUCGAGAAACUUUUGAAAGAAUUGUAGCCACUAUUUCUAAUUAUGAUUUAUUUCCAGAAGAUGAAAUUGCUCCUGAUAAUAGCCCUGAGGGACAGGCUGCUGUUAAGGAAUUAGAAAGAUUAUUGGAACAAAAAUGA